CGGUUCGAUCUCGGGGUUUUCGGAUCUGGUCGUCGACAAUGGAAUUAGGGUUUCGGAAGUUGUUAGACCGGGAGUGGGAUUCAAGGCCCGGAGUUCGUCUUUUGAUAAUGACAAAGAAAGCGUUGAUGAUCAGGAAGAACAGGACGGAAGACUUGGAGGGGAAAAUGUGAAUCAGGAUAUGGAUAGGCUUGUAGAUUUGCAAUUUUUCGUUAAGGGGCUGGAACUUGGUCGUCGGGACGCUGCAGCUUUGUUCUUCUUUGUGAGUUUUUUGUCUGCUGCCUAUAUCUGGGUGAUGCUUGGCUUUCUUGUUACGUAUUCAUGGGCUUCGGGCAUUGUGUUCAUCGCAGUUCUUAAUGAUCUAAUGGAGAGGUUUGGUUCAUUUGUUGGUAUGGUAUGGGAUGGGUCAAGAUUGGGUUUCAAGAGGCUUUCUGGGUUCAUCUUGAUGAGAUGGGCUGUGAGAGAUGCGCUAACUCAACUCCUUGGGUUGUGGUAUUUUGGUGAAAUCGAAGAUCAAUAUUCAUUCUUCAAGCUAUUCGUGAGGUUGAAAUUGAUGCCAUUCUCCAUAAUGUCUCCAUGGAUUCGUGGUUAUGAAAAAGAAAUCUCUGGGUUUCUCUUUGCCUGGUUUUUGCUAGAUACUCUUGUUGCGUUCGUCUUUGCUGUAGAUGCUUGGGUUGUAAUUGUGGAUGCUAGGCGGACUGGUAGGGAGAUCCUGAAGGAAGGUUGUUAUUUGAUAUUGACAAUGUUAAACCAGGCUAUUCAAAUAAAGUGCUUGGAAGCCAUCUGUUGUGGCUCUUUCAUGAGAUGGGCUCUUGCUCGAGUUUGCGGAAAACAUGUCGCCAUGUUUUUUCAGUCUGUGGGAGAGGUCUAUUUCAUGGUGGUUUGGCUUAUCUUCUACUUUGCUGCUAGGUGUAGAGAUGCCAAAGUGCAGGGGCUGAGGUUUGGUCGAAGAGAGCUCGAGGGUUUGAUUGAGGGGGUUGGAUAAUGGUGGAUUGGUGGCUUUACAGGGGCAAGUUGCUUAACGCAAAGGAAAGUUACUGGUAAUUUUUCAUUGCUCUGUGCUGCCUAUUUUGCAUUUCCAGAUAUCCAGCCGUACUUGCUUCUGUAGUAUCACGAGCAAUGUUCUCUGUAUGUACCUUCUUUCUAGGCUUCAUGCUACUUGUAACUUGUGUAUAUUUUACAUCAGAAUACUUGACAUGAAUCAAAUCCGUCCCAGUGGGAUGCCUUGCUGACA